GAUCCGAAGCUCCUGUUCAUUCUGAUAGAGAUUCAUCCUGGGUUAUUAUGAUAAGUAGUACUCAGCUGUGUGGAGUACUAUAUAUCUUUUAUAUAUAUAUAUAUAUAUAUGACUGGAUGAUCAAUCUAAGGCACCAAAGACAAGAACAAGUCCAAGCUAGAGACGAGAGAAACACAUCUUCGAUCGAUCUCACGUGCUGUACAACCGGCCAUAAUCGAAAUACUAGUACUUCUACUACUGCUGCUGCUGCUGCUGCUUCUCGUCUGGUGCACAAAAUAUAUGGCUAAUAAUUAUCAAGUUGCAGAGCUAACAUGGGAAAAUGGCCAACUAGCCAUGCAUGCGCUUGGUGGGCUCCUCUCCAGUACCUCUCCUUCAAAACACAGGUGGGGUAAAGCCGACGGCGAUACACUAGAAUCAAUAGUCCAGCAAGCCACAUGCAACAAACAAGACUAUAGUACUCCUGAUCCACCCAAGACAUCUUCCAUUAAUGGUGUUGCUUCCUCCGGCAAGAAAUCGGUGGCCUUGACGAGGAAAAGAACACAAUCCGAUUCAGAACAAUGGGAUGGCAGUACUCAUGUAUAUGAAGAUCACAUUGUGGAUCGUAGUGCAUGUGGUAGUGGUAGUGCUGGUGCUAGUGAUGUCAGUGCCACCUUUUGCAGGAACUCUGAUGCAACUAUGAUGACGUGGGCUUCCCUUGAAUCUACUCGGAGCUUGAAGACCAAAACUACUACUGAUGAAGACUAUUCGUCUUCUCACGGUGGCUCGGGAAACCGAGAUGAAGAGCGUGAGACGAAUAACAAAGCAGAACGCUCCCACUCAACAAGGAGAAGUAGAGCUGCUGUCGUGCACAAUCAGUCUGAAAGGAGACGAAGAGAUAGGAUUAAUGAGAAAAUGAAAGCCCUACAGAGGUUGGUGCCAAAUGCCAGUAAGACCGAUAAGGCUUCAAUGCUUGAUGAGGUGAUUGAGUACAUGAAACAACUUCAAGCACAAAUUCAAAUGAUGAGUACUGUAAGAAAUAAUAUGCCUCAAAUGAUGAUGCCAGCUUUGGGCAUGCAGCAACACCUGCAAAUGUCUCUCCUAGCACGUAUGGGCAUGGGCGUUGGGCUAGGGAUGGAUGGGAUGCUUGACUUGAGUAUUGUGGCACGAAAUUCACGGCCUCAAACUGGUCAGCUUCCACCAUCGCUCAUCCAUCCAGCUGCUUCAGUUGCAGCCACAGCUCCAACAUUUGUUUCCCCUCCAUUUGUGGUGCCAUCUUUGAUUCCAACAAAUGCUCUAGCUCAGGCGGCAAAGCCCAACCCACCUGGCAACAUGAAUACUACUCCUGUAUCUUUCCCACAUCCAUAUUGCACAUUUUAUGCACAACCAGUGAAUAUGGACCUUUACAACAAGAUGUCAGCCCUCUACCACCAACCAGUCAGUCAUACCACACAGGCAAUGAGCAACCCAUUACAAUCACACCAAGUUCAAGCUUUUUGUGUGUAGAAAAACAGCAAUAGUAUUUACGGUGAAAGCACAAACAUGCAUAUUGCCUAAUAUAGUGGCUGGCAGUAUCGAUCGACGCUGGUUAUAAAACCAUGCCAUUGGAAGGGUUAAACUCAGGCUAUCCGUACGAUGAUAAAGAAUCUAUAUUAAUUACUAGUAUUGGAUUAUGUAUACUAUUGGAUUCUUGCACACUAAAACAGCAACAAAUCAGUGUUUGGAUGAAUU